AUGGUGUCAGAGCCCUUCGAUGUCGUAAUCAUCACAGUUCAUGAUGUGGUACACCGGGUCACAGGCAUCAUCACUGGGAUCAUGAAGAGGGUGAUCUAUCUCCCUUCUGCUGCUGCUGAGCUGGAGGGCAUAGAGGAAGGCCUUGUCCACCUGGCUGGCUCCCGUGGCUUUCACAAAGUGGCUGGCAGCAUUGAUGGAACACAGAUCAGAAUCAAGCCACCUGCAGCAAACAAAGAGGACUUCCCGAACAGGUAAACUGUAUUCAAAAUAUCAGUUUAUGUUCAUGUAGAAUUACAUGAUUUAGUCCAAUUUUAAUUUCAACCACCGAGAACUGAAGACCUUAGUGUCUUCAAACCAAUACUGACACACUAAAAUGUAAAUAAAAGAAAAGAAUUUGUUGAACGUUAAUGUAUUUUUAUUUAAUUACAUUUAUUUACAAUUUAUUCUAAGAUUUUUUUCCAUCAAUGCCAUCAAGUCCCUCUUCUCCUUCUCUAUAUCAUCCCACUCUAUCCCCACUUUCUCCCUAUCCUCCUCUCAGUCCAAUCACUCCUGCUUUCUCGUCUCCUCUCUGUCCAACCUCUCCCUCUUUCUUCUCUCCUCUCACACCAGCUGCUCCUUCUCUUUCCUCUCCUCUGUCUCCAGUGCCUCUUUCCCUCUCCUUUCCUCUCUCUACAAACAAAUCUUCUCCCUCUCCUCAUCUCUCUGUUACCUGCCGCGAGAUCUGGACCCACUCAGACUCCCUCGUCUUUUUGGUUUGCUUUCCCGCCUCAGGGAGAGGAGGAGAAACCACCACUACAUACUGGUUGGACAAGUCGAUGCUGACUAG